AUGCCUGGAACACUGCACGAUCAAUUGGCAUACAAACCACAACUCCUCAAAUUCGGCACCAGUGGUCGCCGUGGACUAGUCAUUGACCUGACGCAGCUAGAGAUAUAUACCAACGUGCUCGCCGAGGUCCGCUAUCUCCAGUCUCUGCCGCUGACUGAAGGCGGUAUUCAACCCGGAGAUAAUUUUUACUAUGCUUACGACUUACGACCUAGCUCUACAAAGUAUGUAGAAAACAACCGGGGCGGUCUCUGUCAAGCCGUGGAGCAAGCCCUUAAGGAUGGCGAUAUGCGUCCAUUGAAUUUAGGAGCUAUCCCCACGCCAGCCCUCACAAAUUUUGCUAUUCAAAAGGGAAAAGGCAGCAUUAUGGUAACGGGAAGCCAUAUACCCUUUGACCGUAAUGGCUAUAAGCUGAACACCAGCAAAGGAGAGCUUAUGAAAAAGGACGAACAGCCGAUUAAUGAAUUGGUGGCUAUUACCCGGGAAAAGCUGAUGGCACAGCCGUUUUCUGAGUCUCUUUUUGAUGAGCAGGGCAUGUUAUGCAGCAAGCCUUUAGAUUUGGAGCCUGUUUCACAUGAGGCUAGAAGUGCCUAUAUCGAACGGUUUUUAGAUUUCUUCGAAGGGGAGACUCUACAGGGAGUGACGGUUGUGGCAUAUCAGCACUCAGCCGUCGGUCGUGAUCUCUUGGUAGAAAUUUUCGAAAAGUUUGGCGCCAAAGUGAUUCCCUCUGGAAGAAGUGAAACAUUUGUACCCAUUGAUACCGAAGCUAUCGAUCAAGCUCAGCUGGAUGUCGUUCAAAAGUUAUAUGACGAAGCUGGCGAGUCAUCAAUCGACGCUGUCGUCUCUACUGACGGCGACAGUGACCGUCCGCUCAUCCUUGCACCCCGAGACGACAAGUUGUGCUUCUUCGGUGGCGAUCUCUUGGGCAUGAUAGUCGCACAAUAUCUCCGUGCUGAUGCUGCAGUCGUCCCAAUUAGCGCAAAUGAUGCCAUUGACCACGGAUCUCUGGCCAGAAUCACAGAACCAAAGACCAAAAUCGGCAGUCCCUACGUUAUUGCAGGCAUGCAGCUAGCACUCGACAAAGGCCGUAGCCAUGUCUGCGGCUGGGAGGCUAAUGGUGGCUUUCUCACUGGCUCCGACAUAAACCGCAAUGGAAAAGUACUAUCGGCACUACCCACACGCGAUGCCAUGCUACCUUUGCUUUGUGCUUUGUUCGCGGCAAAGAACCAGCAAAUGGCGCUUCCAGACCUUUUUGCUACCCUACCCAAAAGGUAUAGUCGUGCUGCGCUUCUAAGAAAAUUUCCCCGAUCAACAAGUCUCAAAAUCAUAGAGCGAUUUUCUCCUCCAGAUGCGAUCACGAUGGAUGUCUCCUUUGAUGUAUCUGGAGAUAUAACACUUCGGGACUCGAACAAUACUCAGCUUCAUGUCACGGAAGCUCAAGUCGAUACGAUUAAAGAGAUCCGCAGCAAGCUGGAAACUAUUUUUUCGUCUGAACGCGGAUUUGGUCCCAUCGUACGAAUCAACUAUACCGAUGGCGUGCGCAUGUAUUUUGGUAACGGUGAUGUUGCUCAUUUCCGGCCCUCCGGCAACGCCGAUGAGCUACGUAUAUACGCUAUUGCCAAUCAGCAGGACCGUGCUGAUGAAAUUGCUGUGCAGGGUGUUGCUGAGCCUGAUGGCUUGUUAAGACGUCUACAGAGGAUCGUUUAG